CAAAAAGUCUUUGUUUGGUAUAAGAGGAUCCGAGUUUAAAACCACCAAGUGUCACUACAUCUUCUAGUCAAAUAUAAAAAGAGAGACAAAUCUCAAAAGUUAGUUAAGUCCACGUGCUUACACAUCCAAUCAAACCAAAAACCUAAGAUGCAAACCAAACAAAGAUCAUAAACAAAAAGUCUUUGUUAGGUAUAAGGGGAUCCGAGGUUUAAACCACCAAUUGUCACUACAUCUUCCAAUCAAAUAUAAAUAGAGAGACAAAUCUCAUAAGUGAGUUAAGUCCAACACUCGUAAUCGUAACUCAACUAUGUCUUCGUCCUCCGUUGUCGUCUAUCCGUCUCCGCUCCCUACCGUCGCGGAGCUUCAUGUAGAUUCCGUCACCUUUGCACCGUCCGUCAGAUCACCGGCCUCCUCCAAUCCACUCUUCCUCGGUGGCGCAGGUGUCCGAGGCUUGGAGGACCGAGGAGAAGUCAUAAUUUUGUCCGUCGUAGGAGUAUACCUAGAUGCUAACGCCGUCCCAUCACUCUCCCUCAAGUGGAAGGGCAAAACCGCAGAGGAGUUAGCGGAAUCUGUCCCGUUCUUCCGUGAAAUCGUCACCGGUGCGUUUGAGAAGUUUAUUAAGUUGACUAUGAAACAGCCGUUAUUUGGACAUAAAUACGCGGAGGGAGUAACGAAGAAGUGUGUGGCUAUAUGGAAAUUUCGAGGGAUUUAUACGCAGUGUGAAGCCAUAGCCGUGGAGAUGUUCUUGGAGGUCUUCAAGGACCAAGCCUUCCUUCCCGGUGCAUCCAUUCUUUUUGCUUUCUCCCCAAACGGCUCUCUUACGGUUGCGUUUUCUAAAGAUGAUAGCAUUCCUCAAACCGGGAGAGCUCAUGUGAUCCGGAACAAAUUGUUGGCGGAGGCUGUUCUUGAGUCUUUCAUCGAAAAGAACGGUGCUUCUCCAGGGGUUAGGUUGAGUGUUGCCGAGAGAUUAGCUCAGCUGAUGAACGAGAACAAGGUCGAAGAGGAAGAGAACUGAGAAUGAUAUAAAUUUCUCUUGAGUAUUUGGUGUUUUAUGUUUUUCUAUGUCAAAUCCUAAUGUUAUUUAGUUCCUUCUGAAUGUUUUCCACUAUUUUUAAGAAUAGUCCAAGAGUAUCAUGGAAUAAUGUUCCUUCUGAAUGUAUUUGGUGUUUUGGCAUUGGUUUUUAACUUUUCGGUUACAUUAUU